AUGGUAGCUGAAGCCGCGCGGCCGGCGAAUCCGCCGGACCCCGCCGCGUUCGCGAAGCGGCUCGCGGAUACCUCGCUGGAUCUGCGGGCCAAGGCCGCGGUCGUCGCGGAAGUGCGCGAAAUGAUCGAAGUAUUUGUGAACGUCGACUACGCGCACUUUCUCAAUACGGUCCUGCCGGUCCAGAUGGACCUGCUGGAGAAUACGCCGUGUGCAUUUGUCUCGGAUGCGCCCGAGCAACGCCUGCGUCACGGCAUCAUCGAAACGAUCUACCGCUACCCCCAGCACGAAGCGGUACGGACGCACGCGGAGCGCUUGAUGCGGGUCAUGCUCCGCGCGGUCCAGGAGGACAACGAGGAGAACGCCACGGUCGCGUUCAAAGUUAUUAUUGACUUGCACCGCUCGUUCAAGGCCGUGCUGCAGCCCCAGGUGCAGCCGUUCCUCGAGCUCGUGCAGAAACUCUACUUGAAUAUGCGGACGGCCGUUGCGGAGGCGUUUGGCACCGAGCGCACCCCGGGCAAGGCUGCCUCGCCGCCGGCCGGCGAGUCGGCGAGCGACCUCUCGCUGAGCGAGACGUCCGGCGACGUGUCGACCGGCUCGCAGGCCGCGCCGCGCCCGCUCCUCAAAAGCUCGGCCUCGUUCAAGGUGCUCACCGAAUGCCCGAUCGCGAUUGUGCUCAUCUUCCAGACGUAUCGGAACGUGGUCAACUCGAGCAUCAACGUGUUUGUGCCACUGAUCUUUGAGCACUGCCUCAUGCUCCAGGCGCUGCCCCAGCAGCAGGCACACGAAGCGGCGCGCCAGCGGGGCGAAAUCUUUGUGGGCGUCGCUCCGGGCAUCAAGAAUCGGGGACUGUUUAACGAUAUGGUCACGGCACAGGUCAAGACCAUGUCGUUCCUCGCCUACGUGCUCCGCGGGAGCGCGCCGAUCGUGCGGCAGUACGUGCAGCUGCUGCCGGAAGUCAACGUCCGCCUCCUCAAGGACUGUCCCCCGGAGAAUGCCGUGACGCGCAAGGAGCUGCUCGUCGCCACGCGCCACAUUCUCUCGACCGACUUUCGCGAGCACUUUGUGGGGCAGAUUGACACGCUCCUCGACGAGCGGGUCUUGCUCGGCACCGGCGUCACGACGCGCGAGCUGCAGCGCCCGCUCGUCGUGAGCAUGCUCGCGGAUCUCAUGCACCACGUCCGCUCCAAGCUCACCACCGAGCAGAUCGUGCGUGUGAUCAACCUGCAUGCGCAGCUCUUGCACGACCCGACGCUCGCGCCGAGCAUCCAGACGAUGUGCGUCAAGCUCUUGCUGAAUCUGGUCGAGACGAUCGUGCUGAACCAUGCCGACCGCUCGGUGCCGAUGCUCCGGGGCAUCUUUGCGACGUUCCUCGCAAAGCUCCCGGAGCUCCACCGCCUCGGCCAGGAUCUGCAGGCGCUGCGCAAGAUGGGCUGCGGCGCGCCGGAGAGCGACGAGGAGCGCAAGACGCUCGUCAAGGAGGAGGAGGAGGACGAGGCGGCGCCGCCGGCGGACGCCGACUCGGACCGCGCCGCGAUGGACGCGGUGCGCAUCGAGCAGACCAAGGCGAUCCAGUCGGCAGUCGCAGUGCUAGAAAACGUGUCGGACCCGCUGAAGAAUGCGCGCUUCCUCUUCCGCAACCUGCUCUUUGGCUUCAAGACGCUGAUCACCGUGCUGAAGCACCGCAACGUCGCGGAGCCGGACGGGCAGGUGAUGGGCGAGGUGUUUGUCGGCGGUGUGCGCUGCUGCCUCUUGCAGUCGCACCGCGACGGGCGCGAGGAGAAGGACAUGAUUGAUCUCUUCACCAACAUCUUUAUCGAUCUGCAGCCCGAGACCUUCCACGAGGUCUUUUCGACGCACCUUCCUUUCCUCUUUGACGAGAUUUUGAAUGCCCCGGUGCUCUUGGGCAUUCCGCAAAAUUUGCUCUCGAACGAUGCCGUGUCGAAGCUCUUUGUCGAGAUCCUGCUCAAGUUCCUCGUGAGCCGCCUGGAAGACCUGGGCACGGACGACAAGAAGCACGCCUCGGUGCUCCUCCGCCUCUUCAAGAUGGCGUUCAUGGCCGUGACCAUCUUCCCGGAGGAGAACGAAGUGAUGCUCCAGCCGCAUCUCACGCACCUCAUCAUGCACUCGCUCAAGUGCGCGAGCAAGGCCGAGGAGCCGACCAACUAUUUCCUGCUCCUCCGCGCGCUCUUCCGCAGCAUCGGUGGCGGGCGCUUCGAGCUCUUGUACAAGGACGUGCUUCCGCUGCUCCCGGUACUCCUCGAGAAGCUCAACCUGCUCCUCGACGCCGCGGAGCCGUCGAAGCGCGAGGUGUUUGUCGACCUGUGCCUGACGGUGCCGGUGCGCCUCAGCGUUUUGCUGCCGUACCUCGACCAGCUCAUGCACCCGCUCGUCCUUGCGCUGCAGUCAUCCUCGGACCUCGUCAGCCAGGGCCUGCGCACGCUCGAGCUGUGCAUCGAUAACCUGACGCAAGAGUUCCUGGAUCCCAUCAUGCAGCCGUACAUCCAGGACAUUAUGGCUGCGCUCUGGACGCAUCUCAAGCCGCUGCCGCACAACCACCAGCACUCGCACACGACAAUGCGCAUCCUCGGCAAGCUCGGCGGACGGAACCGCCGCUUUUUGCAGCAGCCGCCGCAGCUGUCGUACCACGCCGAGGCCACGCCGACGAUCAUGCUCAACAUCAACGGCACAAAGCAGGAGCUUGCGCUUCUGCCAGUGAUCGACACGGCGAUGCGCAACAAGGAUCUGCACCGCGAGUCGUUCGACGUGCUGACCGCCGCCGCCGCAGUGCUCAUCCGCCAAGGCGCGACGGACAGCGAGCAGCGCCCGGUACUCCGCCGGGUGCUCGUCGGCAUCUUCCGCCUCGCAUCACACAAGGAGAUGUACGAGGACGUGAAGGCAUACCUGCUUGGUGCUUAUAUGCACGCGCUCCGGAGCGAGACGCACCGCGAGGUGCCGCUGCGCCAGGCUGCUGGGCAGCGCCACCUGCUGCCCCUUACGCUCGUGAUGCUCGAGGCGAUGGCGCGUGCGGUCGACGGCAUCGACAUGAAAGGCGCGACACCGCACAUUGAUAUCCUCCUCGCGAUCGUACGCAGCUUCCUGGACGCGUGCGACGCGGCGCCGAACGCACGCCCCGGCCUCGGGCCGACAAUCAUGCAUGCGCUUGCGUCCGCGUUCUGCUCGCUGUGCUACGAGCAGCACUGGCACCGCCGCCUCGGCGGCUGGAUCGGUAUCGACACGCUGAUCCGCAAGGCGGACCUCGGCGCGCCGUGGGUCGCCGACCAUCAGCUGGAGAUUGUGCGUGCGCUGCUGUACAUGCUCAAGGACAUGCCGAGCGAUCCUCCCAGCGAGAUUGCGCGGAUCAACGACACGCUCUACUAUGUCCUCGAGCAGGCCUACGGCGAGGCGCCCAAGGCACGUGGCGACGCCCAAGACGACGGCCGCCACCCCUACGGCGAACGUGCGUCGCACCUUCCUCUGCUGGUCGGCAUCCUGAUUCCCGAGCUGUCGUGCGCGAACGAGAUUGCGCGGCACACGACGCAGCACACGCUCGAGCUCCUGGCGCGCCUCAAGUCGUGCACGGUGACGGACCUGCUUGCGCCGCAGCGCGAUCGUCUCUUGCUGCCCAUCUUUACCAAGCCGCUGCGUGCGCUGCCGUUUGGUAUGCAGAUCGGGCACAUUGAUGCGAUCACGUACACGCUGCAGCUGCCGCAGCCGCUGCCCGAGUUCAACGAGGAGCUCUUCCGCGUGCUUACCGAGGCGCUUGCGUUGGCCGAUGCCGACGACCAGGCGCUGAUCGGGCGCACGACGCUCUACAAGAACGUCAUUGCGGUGACCAAGCUGCGUGUCGUUGCGAUCCGCUUGCUUGCCGCCGCGAUGCACUGUUCCGAGUUCCUCGCGCCGGAGCACGUCUCGAUGCGCAUGCGCAUCAUCAGCGUGUACUUCAAGUGCCUCUACUCGCAGUCGGAGGAGGUCGUGCAAGUCGCGUACGACAGCCUCAAGGCGACACUCGCGCAGCAGAGCAAGCUGCCCAAGGACCUCUUGCGCAGCGGUCUGCAGCCGAUCCUGAUGACGCUCGCGGACCGCAACCGCCUCACGACGGCAGGCCUCGACGGCCUGGCGCGCCUCUUGCAGCUGCUCACGAACUACUUCAAGGUGGAGAUCGGCAUGAAGCUCUUGGAUCACCUGACGAGUCUUGCGGAUCCCGCGAUGCUGCGUCGUGCCGCCGGCGGCUCGCUCGAGACGCACGAGCAGCUCAAGACGCUCGCGGCGAUCGUGCACGUCUUCCACCUGCUGCCGGACACGGCCUACCAGUUCCUGCCGCGGCUGCCGAUGUACGUCGCAGAGAUCGAGCUGCACUUGAAGCGUGUCGGUCCCACGCCGUUCACAGAAACGCUCGUGCUGUAUCUUGACCGCUUUGCGGAGCACUCGAUCCGCUUCUUCUUCGAGUCGGACCGCGUGUGCAACCCGAAGCUGUUCCGCCUGCUCAAGCUCGCGCUCGCCUCGCCCAAGGGCGGUGCACUGCGUACCGAGCUCAGCGAAAAGUACGAGCGCUACCUGAUGCCGCUCCUGGCGGACGCGGGCAACCUCGCCAAGGUGCUUGCCGCGCUCCACCUCCUCCAGCAGCUCGUCGCGCAUGACGACAAGUGGAUGGUGGCGCACCCCGCGGUGCCCGCGCGCCUUCUCGCGCUGUGGAACACGCCGGAGAUGUACGCGCAGCGCCGCGCCGAGGCCGACGUGCUGUACGCGCAAGGCGAGUCGACCUUUGUCUUCCUCGACCUCUUCCACGCGACGCUUCGGCACGAGGCGCAGCUCGAUACCUACUUUGCGCCCCUCGACCUGUACACCUUCCACCACACGCGCGACCUCACGCCGCACACGCGCUUUGUGUACGAGCACGUGUGCAUUCACGGCUCGCUCGAGCUGAAACGCGACGUGCUGCAGCGUGCGGUGCGUCUCUUGAGCGAUGCCUCGGUUCCGUUCGAGAUCAAGACGCAGGCGUUGCGGGUGGUGGUGAACCCGAUGCUCGUCGCGUCCUACUGGGAGGGCGCAGAAGGCGAGGCGGUGCUCACCACCGAGCUCGUGACGCUCGUCGCGAACGCGGUGUGGAAGCAGAUCCAGGUGCCGGCUGCCGCCGAGCUGUUUGCGGAUGACGCGCUGCGCAUCGAGCUCCUGCAGAUGUCGACGCACAUCCUCAAGCACGGCGCCGAGAUCCUCGCCGCGCAGGGCCAGAUGAAGCUCGACGCGAUCAAGUUCGGCUGGGCCUCGCUCUCCGCCGAGGACGUGACCGUGAAGCACUCGGCGUACUGCUUCAUUGCGCGUUUCCUGAGCGAGUUUGAGAGCCCGCUCAAGAUCAUCGGUCAGGUGUACAUUGGCCUCUUGCGGCUGCACCAGAACGACGGGCGGGGGCUCGUGCGCAAGGCGCUCGACGUGCUUGUGCCCGCGCUCCCGAAGCGCGUCCCGGCCAAGGCCGGCCAGGUGCCGCUGUGGGUCAAGUGGACGAAGCGCACGCUCCUCGACGAGGGGCACAAUGCGACGCAGCUCGGCGCGAUCCUGCACCUCCUCGUGCGCUACCACGACCUCUUCUUUGCGUCGCGCGAAAUGUUCGUGCCGCACAUUGUCACGUCGCUCGCCAAGCUGGGGCUGGCGAGCAGCGCAAGCAAUGAGUCGAAGAAGCUCGCGGUGGAGCUCGUGCAGCUCCUGUUCAAGUGGGACGCGUCCGAUGAGGUGAGCGAGUCGCCGCGCAAGCGCCAGCGCACCUCGGCCACGACGCACGCCGAAGUUACGUCGUACGCGAUGCCCGCGCACCUGCGCGACAUGACGGUCGGUUUCCUGGUGCGCUUCGUCUCGCUCUCCGUCGAGCCAUAUGCCAAGAACGAGGGCGCGCGCGACGCGUACAGCCUGCUCGAGCAGGCGUACAGCUCGCCGGCGUGGCGCUCGGUCCAGGUGCGCCUUGCGAUCCUGCAGCGGGCCUUAAUCCACACCGACGUCACCGAGCAGAACCUGGGGCCGAUUGCCAAUGCGCUCGCGACGCUCGAUGUGAUCUCACGCGAAAAGAGCGCGUCGUGGUUCCAGACGCACAUUGCGCAGCUGCACAAGCUCCUCGAAAAGUCGCUUGGCUCGGACAAGCCUGCGUUGCUCGACGCGGCGCGCCCGGUGCUGGAGCGCAUGUUUAGCGUGCUCCCGGCCGCGCCGCCGUCGGACGAGGAAAAGAGCGAGACGCCGAGCGACGAGCAGGCGGCCUUUUGCACGUUUGCAGAGGGCAUCAUCCAGGAGGGCUUCAAGAACGGCACGAACCUGUACAGCGUGCUUACCCUCCUCGCCGCAUGGUCGCACGACCGCAAGGACGUGCUUGACCGCUACCUCGCGCAGCUGAUCAAGCUUCUCACGAAGCUCACCAAGGAGCACCUCGGCGCGGCACUUGCGCCGGGCGCCACCUCCCCGGCGCCACCCGCGAACGGCGCGGACCCCACGCUGAAGCUGCUCCUGAUGGUACUCGAGCUGCUCAAGACACGCAUCUCGCACCUCGGCGACCAGCGCCGCUGGUUCCUGAGCGCCGUCGUGCAGCUCGUCGAAAAGUCGCCGUCGGUCGAGCUGGGGCGUUUCUUGCUCAACACGAUGCGCACCUGGGUCCUCGACGGAUCUGAGCCUUUCCCGACGGUCAAGGAAAAGGCUGGCAUCCUUAUCAAGAUGCUCUGCUUCGAGCAGCGCAGCGACCAGGCGCUCUUCCGCGACUUCCUCGACCUGAUUCUCGCGAUCUACAAGAGCCCGGCGCUGGUGCGCAGCGAGCUCACGGCGCGCCUCGAAAGCGCCUUCUUGCUCGGCUGCCGCCACCCCGACGCGCGUGUGCGUGGCGAGUUUAUCACCAUCUUUGACAAGACGCUCACGCGCUCGAUCUCUGCACGCCUCCUGCACCUGCUCGGCUACCAGAGCUGGGAGUGCCUUGCGGACCACUACUGGCUGCACCAGGUGCUUGACUUGCUCCUUGCCGCGAUCGAUGGCACGCAGCCGUUGAUCGCUGACAAGACCGACGAAGCGGCGGACGACGCCUUCCAGGCGCAGCUCGCCACCGGCACCGUGCAGGGUCUCCUUACCGCGCUGCGUACGCUGCAGUACAAUGAUGUGCAGGGCGCCAAUGGGCUCUGGGUUAGCCUGUUCCCCGGCAUCUGGCGCGCGACGCAGAAGCGGCACCAGGGCGACCUGAACCGCGCGCUGAUCGGCUGCAUGACGCGCGACUACAUGAUGCGCCAGGCGACCGCACGUCCGAACGUGGUGCAGUCGCUGCUGGACGGCGCGCUGCCUUGUGCGCCAAGCCUCGAGCUGCCGCCGCACGUUGUCAAGUACCUUGGCAAGACCUUCCAGGCGUGGUACACCUCUAUGGAGCUGCUCCAAGGGCAGCUCGCGACGCUGCGCAGCGACGAUGCCGUGCGCGAGGCGACGCAGGACGCAAUUGCGGAGGUCUACGCUGAGCUGUCCGAGGCCGACUACUUCUACGGCCUGUGGCGCCGGCGCUGCAUCUUCCCCGAGACGAAUGCGGCGCUUGCGUGCGAGCAAAAUGGCCUGUACGGCGACGCACAGAUGCUGUAUGAAGCUGCGCAAGUCAAGGGACGCACGAGCGGUCUUCCGCUCACCGAGGCCGAGUACAACCUCUGGGACGACCACUGGGUCCUUUCGGCGCUCGAGCUGCAGCAGUGGGAUAUCCUCACGGACCUCGCAACGCUCGAGGGCAACGAGGACCUGUCGCUCGAGUGUGCGUGGCGCCUGUCUGACUGGACGGCGGACCGCGAGUCGCUCGAGCGCUCGGUGGAGUCGCUGGCGGGCACAGGCACGCCGCGCCGCAAGGUCUUUGAGGCGUAUCUGUCGCUGCUCAAGUCGCAGGCCUCGCCGGACAAGCCCUCCGACUUUGGCCGCAUCUGCGACGAGGCAAUCCAGCUCACGCUGUACAAGUGGUACACGCUCCCGCCGCAUGUCUCGCAGGCCCACGUGCCGCUCCUCGAGAUCUUCCAGCAGUUUGUUGAGCUGCAAGAAGUGAGCACGGUCUUUGCGUCGCUCGCGCUUACGAAUGCCAGCAACUUGAACCACCGCAGCACGGAGCUCAAGACGCUGAUGCAGACUUGGCGCGAGCGUCUGCCGAACCUCUGGGACGACAUCAACGCGUGGAGCGACUUGGUCGCGUGGCGCCAGCACGUGUUCAGCUCGGUGAACAAGGCGUACCUCCCCUUGGUGCCGCUCAUCCAGCGCACCGAAGGGCCGGGCUCGAGUACCAACUCGUACGCCUACCGCGGCUACCACGAAACUGCGUGGAUCAUCAACCGGUUCGCGCAUGUCGCCCGCAAGCACGGCCUCGACGACGUGUGUAUCUCGUCUUUGACGAAGAUCUACACGCUGCCGAACAUUGAGAUCCAGGAAGCCUUCCUCAAACUCCGGGAACAGGCGCGGUGCCACUAUCACAACCCCAACGAGCUUACACAGGGGCUGAACGUGAUCAACAACACCAACCUGAUGUUCUUUGCCGCGGCGCAAAAGGCCGAGUUCUUCUCGUUGAAGGGCAUGUUCCUUAACAAGCUUGGCAUGAGCGACGAGGCGAACCAGGCGUUUGCGACGGCCAUCCAGAUGGACCUCAAUCUGCCCAAGUCGUGGACCGAGUGGGGCCGCUACAGCGACCGCCUCUUCCGCGAGAAGCCGACGGCGAUGCACCUGGCCGCGAACGCGAUCAGCUGUUACCUGCAGGCUGCCGGCCUGUACAAGAACGCCAAGUCGCGCAAGAUUCUUGUGCGCAUCCUCUGGCUGUUGCACUGUGACGACGGCACCGGCGCGCUGUGGCAGGCCUGUGACAACUUUAACGGAGAGACACCGAUCUGGUACUGGAUCACGUUUAUCCCGCAGUUGCUGCAGCUCCUUUCGCACAAGGAGGCGCGCUUCGUCCGCAAGCUGCUGAUGCAAAUCGCCAAGUCCUUCCCCCAGUCGCUGUACUACUACCUGCGCACGACCAAGGAGGAUUAUAUCCUGGCGAAGCGCAGCUCGGUCGCUGCCCAGCAGCGUGCGGCUGCGCGGCAGAAGCAGCAGGCGACCACUGAUGAGGGCCAGGACAAGGAGAAGCAGCCUGCCAAGGACGAGAGCCAAGACAAGUCCGAGGCGAAGACAGAUGAAGAGUCCAAGACGGACGAGAGCCAGAAGGAGGGUGCACAGCGCAACCCGUGGGACCACAUCGACGAGGUGCUCAAUAUCCUCAAGACGGCCUUCCCGCUCUUGGCGCUCACCAUGGAGAACAUGGCGGACCAGCUGCAGCAGCGCUUCAAGCCAAGCAACGAUGAAGACAUCUACCGCUUGACGAACGCGCUGCUGAACGAUGCACUCCAGCAGUACAUCCACCGCGCACCGCUCACGACCGACAAUGGCCAGCUGCCGCAGACCUCGCAAAUGAACGUGAAGCUCUUUGCCGAGAACCUGCCCCCGGGUCCGCUUAAGACUGCGUUUGAGAACGACUUUGUCCGGAGCAAACCGACGCUCCGCGAGUACGUUGCUCGUCUGCAGCGUUGGCGCGACCGCUACGAGGAGUCGCUCGACAAGCGGCCUAAGCGCCAGCAUCUCGAGCACUGCAGCCACUACCUUGUCGAGUUCCAGCACCAAAAGUUUGACGAAGUGGAGAUUCCGGGGCAGUACCUGCACCUGGAAGACAACAACUCCAACUUUGUGCGCAUCAACCGGUUCCUGCCCGAGUACGGCCUCUUGCGCUCAAAUGGUAUGUGCAACCGCAGGAUUACCAUCUUGAGCAACAAGGGCUCACUGUUCUCGUUCGCAGUGCAACUCCCUUCGGCGCGCUACUGCCGCCGCGAGGAGCGCAUCUUCCAGCUCUUGCGCCUACUUAACACGGUGCUUGAACGCAAGAUUCAGACUCGCAAGCGUGGCCUGGCCUUUAAUGUCCCGACUGCCGUGCCAAUCUCGCCCCAACUCCGCCUGCUGAACUACGACGAAUCGUUCAUCUCCAUGCAGGACAUUUACGAGCGCCACUGCAAAGAGAUCGGGAUCGGUAAGGACGACCCGAUCGUGGCUUGGGUGGAGAAGAUGCGCAGCACCUGGGACGGUGGCUCGCACAGUCGCACGAAUGUGGACUUUGCGAACUUGCGCAUGGAGCUCAUGGAGGAGAUCAGCGUCAAGAUGAUCUCGGACAAGAUCCUAACCAACUUCAUGACGCGCACCAUGUCGUCGCCUUCGGACUUGUGGCUGAUGCGCAAGCAGUUCACGCUGCAGAUGUCGGCCACCAUGUUCUUGACGUACAUCCUGUUCAUCAGCGCUCGCUUCCCUGGUCGCAUUCACAUCUCGCGCUCGAGCGGCGCGGUGAUCAUGUCCGAUGUUGUGCCUACGUUCAGUCCUACUGCGCCGCACUUCAAGUCGCCUGAUCCGACACCGUUCCGCUUGAGUCCCAACAUCCAGCACUUUAUUGGUGCGGUGGGUAUCGAGGGCAUUGUCACAAGCUCGUUCAUGGCGCUCGGUGGUGCACUGGCUCUGUCGGAGCACGGGCUCGAAGAUUAUCUGGGCAUCUUCGUCCGCGAUGAGCUCCAAUUCUGGUUCAGUGGCAUUCAGAGGCAGGCCCCUAAAAAUGUCGAGCCUUCCACUGAGUUGGUCAUGCAAAACGUCCUGGAAAUCGUCAAGCGCACUCGUUUGAUGUCUUGCAAGUAUGGUCAAGACAAGGCCUCGGCUACCCCUGUCAACCAGGCGGUCUUGGACUUGAUCAACUACGCAAGCCACCCGAGCAAGCUGGCCCUUCAGGACCCUACUUGGAUUCCUUGGUUGUAA